CUUAACCCACGGACCCAGGGCUCUAAAACGGCUAAUAAUGAUGUCACCAUUUCGUUAAGUCAACACCACAAGCAGGUAUAAAAUAUUCUGCGUUCACAUAACCUUCCCCAGUCUGCUCAGGAAGAUGAAGGUGUUGACUAUCACCGCGCUCUUAGCCUGCGUACUCGGCUUUGGUAAGGACAAGGUUUGGGAUGGAAGCUGGGAUUGGAAUACAAGCUACAUGCUUUAUAAAUGAAAUAUUCCAAUAUUGUUUUAUUUUCUAACGAAUAAGAUUAUUACAUAUAUUAGCUUUUUCUCUCGUCUGGCACAAAAUACAGAGAGAUUGGUCCACUAUAACUACUUUGUCUAAUGGCAGUUUUUCAUAACAAUAUUGGUUAAAAUGUUUAACUGCAUAUAAUUUAAAUAUAAUCUAUAUAAAUGGAAUCUAUCGUCCUAUAUAGAAAUAAGCUAUUUAUCUAGAUGAAAAUAAUAAGUAAUGUUUUUAUUAAAUUGUCUAUCAUUUCACCAUACAGAAUUUGAUCUCUGAACUGUAUCAAGUUGUGUGAAAUUCUGCUUGUGCUGGGUGGGUGGGUGCUUGGUGGGGGGGUGGGUGAGUGCUGAGUGGGUGCUUGGUGGGGGGUUGUUGGGUUUGUUCAAAUACAAAUUUCAGGUCAGAGUAGUCAAACUGGCAGCAUCUCUGACAUGGUGUGGUGUGCCUCUCCAUAGUGGAAGCACUAUGCUUAAGCCUGCUUAAACCUGCAGGAGCGAUACCACCUGCAGUGACUCUUGUUGAAGAGGCUGCACACACCUUUUUUAUUUUCCUGCCGACAUACCGGUUAGUAUGCUGCCCCAGAAAAAGGGAGAUGGGCGACACUGAAUACCAAAUUCCAUCCCCGGGCAAGCCACCAUGUUUAGGUGGAAUUGCUGGCUGUACCAAAACCAGCAUUGCCCACCAAAAAUGUUGUACUCCCCCCCCCCCCAGAUCAUGUUCAAAUACCCAAAAAGAGAGAGAGCAGAGCCCUCUCCGGAAACUGACAAACCAAGAUGCAUCAUCAAUUAUAACAAUGAUUUUGACAUGUUUUUAUCAAACGUUAUGAAAAUUAUAGGAAAAAAAAAACUGGUCAGAAAAGUUAGAAAAAUUGGAAAAGUCAGCUAUGAUUUCAAUUUGGCGUAUUUUGCCCUGAAAUGUUAAAGUCACUUUGAAUUGUCAACAAUUCACGCUUUUUUUGAAAAACCCUGCUAGUGUUUUAUACAGUGUAUUACAAUUAUAAUACAUUGUGUGUUCCUUGUAUUUCUGUUGUUAAAUAUUUUCGUAAAUGAACUAUUGAUUAAAUAGUACAAUAGUAAAAAGCACAACAUUAAAGGGACUCAAUGUUACUAAAAUAACUUUAGCUUAAUGAAGCAGUUUUGGUGUAUGGAUCAUACUCCUGCAAUCUCACUGCUCAAUUGUCUGCCAUUUAGGAGUUAAAUCACUUCUGUUUUUGCAGCUCUAGCCAAACUUCCCCUGACUGUGACACACACAGACUCAAUGAAAAUAAAAUGAUUUCAUUUUCAAUCAGAAUUUAAUUUUUAUUUCCUUCUCUGUAAAUUGAACAUUAAUUACACACAGGAGGCUCCUGCAGGAUCUAGCAAGCUAUUAACAGAGCAGGAGAUAGGAAAUUCUAAAUUAAACAGAAUAAAGGAAAUGUAAACAUUAGAUGACUCUUUACAGGAAGUGUUUAGGAGGGCUGUGCAAGUUACAUACAGGGAGGUGUGACUAUGGCAGCAUAAACAAAGUGAUUUAACUCCUAAAUGGCAGAAAGUUAAGCAGUGAGACAGCACGGGCAUGAUCUAUACACCAAAACUGUUUCAUUACACUAAAGUUGUUUUGGUGACUAUAGUGAUCCUUUAAAAUGAGCUCAUUUCAGCUGUAUAGGAAAAGUUAUGAUUAUGACGGUUACUUCUCAGCCAACUCAUGAUGUUUUUUCUUCAUCCUCCAGGACAAGCCUAUCAAUGUUACACGUGCAAUAUGGCUACUAAUGAUGCAGAAUGUAUGCAAGUCACCAACUGCUCGUCCCCAACUCCCUACUGUGGGUCCGUAGUUGGUAUGUUGCUUAAAAAACAGAAAACUAAUAAUUAGCCCACUUGUAUUUUAAUUGUUUCUCAUGUUUUAGAGCUGUGAUAUUUAUCAACAUGUCAGAUUAUUCUGUAAAACUAAUAUGGGAAAAUGCAGACUUUGUACCAUACAUCGACAACUUUUAUUCCAUGUGAUCUGCUGCGGGCUCUGUUCCCCUUAGCAUAGACUAGACUUUUAAAGGUGCCUCCCCUGAAGCCCAUCAGUGUAUUAUUAUUAUUAGAAUUGCUUCUGUUCAUGUUGCUACCAGGGCACAAGUUAUAUCAUAUCCUUAUGUUCUUUAGUCAUUCACUCUAAGCACUGUGAUAUUUUCAACUUUACUAUUGCUACUCAAAAAUGUGCAGCUGUUUAUGUUUUUUUGUUUGUUUUUUAUUUAUCAAAAGGGUAAUACAGAAGAGAAAAAGCAUAUUGUACUGUAACAAUGUUAUGGAGCACAGACAUGUGACACGAAUAUGAAUAACCAAUAAGACCACCAUUAAAUUCUGUACUGUCAAUAGUCAGGGUUUUGUAAAACAACCAAUAAACACGUACAAUACACUCAGACACUCCCACACAAACUCCUCCCCUCUGCCUGUGAUACAAUUACCUUACACAAUGGGUUAAUGUAAUUAUCACAGGCAGAGAAAUACAGUUUUUCCACAUUAUUCAUAGCUUUAAAAGUAUACAUCACAUAAAACUUACAUUUUCAGAAUCAGCAUACUCCAAAUACAAACAUAUGUCAAAAUCAUCCAAAUUGGUCCAGUGGUUCAAAAGAUAGAUCGAAGUCCUUUGUGACCAAAUGAAGGAUGGCUUUUCUGCCCAAAACCAGUUCCACAGAGUCUUCUGUAAUCCAAUUAUCUCCAAGGAAAGAGGCAAAACUCCAUUGAACACAUGGUAGCAAAAGACAAUAAAAUACAUAAAAAUAUAUAACUGUGCAGCUAUUGCAUAAAACAGGUACAUUCAACAUAUCACCAGAUAGCUCAGAUCUGAGCGCACAUUAUUACUGAAUGGUGCUCAGAUCACAUACAUACAGUUCAAUUGCCAUGGAGCCAAAGUCUUUCACAUAGUCUUUCGUUAUACAAAUGGGAUCUAUGGCAUAGCUAUCUGGGGUAUAUUCAAAUAGGGCAAGCACCGAAUGACCCAGCUUUCGUGUCUUUGCAGGGGAAAAUCAAGCGUUUCAACAUGGGGCCAUAGUCUAAAGGCAGUAGGCGGGCAACCAGGCUCCUCCAAUGCACAGUGGCGAGAUUGGUUUUGUCACAUCUCUCCCCUUUUCCAAACAGACUAACAGGGUAUCUGACCUCCUGCCGGUCAGUGCCCUGGUUAGUCCAGCAACCCACCCAUAAAACACAAUUAGUAGUACAGCCCACCCACAAUAAAUGGUUACUACACCUGAGUACGGGGAAAACUUGUCCAUGUCCAGGUGCCUCACCACAGCUGUGUGGGGGACUGGUAUGCUGAAUUUCAGGGGGACGAAGCGUAUCAUGGUUGCGUGAUCGGGAGCUGCAAACAGACAAUCGUAGUACGUCAGCUAUGACUGUGGCCCAGCUCUGGUGAGCUUUAUUCGAAGUGGAGAGCCAUAUAUGUGUCAUGGUCACCCCUUUUCUAGCAUUACAUAAAGAAUAUAUAAUGCUAAACUAAAAAAACGUGAAAUACAAAACAAAAAACGCAAAAUUGGAUCCACCUGGAGACGGGUGUAUCUCUAAAUACCAGAAAUGUGCAUGGUAUGUAUCCUGUAAAGAAUAGAAGUCUUGCUGCCCAGAUUAGCAUACUGUAUCAGAUUUCACAUUCCCUGAUAGGGUUGGCCAGUAAGAAUCUGCACCACGGUUCCCAUGUGAGAAUGUAAUGUUGGUAGUAGUUUUUGGAUACUGAUACUUGCAUGUUUCCUCCAUAAUUCUAAUACUUUUGACUUUCUGAAUCCAAUCUCUAAUGGAUGGAGAGUUAGCUUGUGUUGGAGCAGGGAUGCCUUGGUCUUAGGCAGGUUUGUCGGGAGAAGGUGGAAAAUUAACAUUCUAGGUUUGAGCGGGAUCGUCACCUCCAAAUUGGUAUGGAUAAGUCCGGCUAGGCGAGACCAGAAAGUGUGCAUUAUGACCACCAUAUAUGUGCUGAGUUGCCACUGGGUUGGUGGCAUCUCCAACAUUGGUUGGAAGAGAGAGAGAAUAGUGUCUGUAGUUUGGCAGGUGUGUUGUGCCAUCUGACUGUCUUGUAGUUGGCCUCCUGCACAGCAAGGUUCAGAGAUGAUUUAUGGAUAAGCCCAAAUGUUUUUUUCCAGCUCUAUAUGGUAGGGAAAAGAAGAAUUCCCUUUCUGGUUGUGGCUGGGUGUUUUGUAGGAGGGAGAACAUGGAAGAUAUCUGUUUUUGCUUAAUGGAGUGUAAGGAGCAGCUGUGUUCAAAAUUUGUAAGUGCGCAAGUUCCCUUCUGCAUUUUGUAUAAAAUGGAGAAGUUGAUUAUAUUGGGCAGCUGUUUAUGUUAAUUGCUGGAUAUAUGAACAGAAGAUUAUUUGGUGUUAAAGGGACAAGAAGAUGUUUUGGUGAUAUCCUUGUGAUAUCCUUGUUGCACUUCAAAAAUAAAGAAUUACAAAAUAUUAUAAGGAAUACAUGGCUCUAUCAGAGGCAUAAUAUCAGAGGUAAUAAAAACAUUAUAUAAUUAACACUCUUUAAUGCCCACAGUCUAAACCAACAUUUUAAGUAUUCCUGCUAAACCCUUUGUAGACUCAAGCUUACAUGUUCUGCCGUAUGGGGACAAACACAGCCUGUGGGUCUCUGUGACAAAAAUAAGAUCACAAUGUGUGGAUACAGUCUAUAAUGAAUGUGGCUCAUCUUCCUGUCCACCCGCACCUCCCACGCCUCCCCACUUUGACAGUCCCUAGAUUGGCUUCCCGUAAGAUACAGGGCUCAAUUUAAGAUCCUGAUACUUGCUUAUAAAUCUCUACACAAUGCUGCUCUGACCUACUUAUCCUCACUAACACAAAAAUAUGUCCCGUCUAGGCCCCUACGCUCUGCCGGAGACCUACGUCUAACCUCUGUUCAUACUCCUACCUCUUAUGCUCACCUUAAAGACUUCUCUAGGGCUGCACUGAUCCUAUGGAAUGCCCUACCCUCUCUGUGAGACUUUCAGCCAGUCUCCACUCUUUAAAAAAAAAGUACUUCUUUAAAAAAGCGUAUCAAUUAAACUGUGAACAGUUUUCCCUCCCCGCACCCUGAUUCCUCUCCUGAAACUGUCAUCAAAACAAAACACUAACCCCUCAGUGAAUACUAUUCUAGCAACCUUCUUUUCUACUCUACAUCUACCCUUUGUGUCACUAUACCCUCUAACAUGUAAGCUCACUGAGCAGGCCCUCAAUCCCUCUCUUACUGUGUCACUAUACCCCACUCCCUCUAACAUGUAAGCUCACUGAGCAGGACCCUCAAUCCCUCUGUUACUGUGUCACUAUACCCCACUCCCUCUAACAUGUAAACUCACUGAGCAGGGCCCUCAAUCCCUCUGUUACUGUGUCACUAUACCCCAUUCCCUCUAACAUGUAAACUCACUGAGCAGGACCCUCAAUCCCUCUGUUACUGUGUCACUAUACCCCACUCCCUCUAACAUGUAAACUCACUGAGCAGGGCCCUCAACCCCUCUGUUACUGUGUCACUAUACACCACUCCCUCUAGCAUGUAAACUCACUGAGCAGGUGUCACGUAUUCAUCCGCUUAUAGAAAUGUGGUUAAUGACAUUUACUGUCCACACAGGAAAAGUUGUGCCGAGCAGCAAACUAAUCCACAGAAGGGUUAAUGCUGAGCAGCAAUCAUGCAAAUGAAACCUGGUAACUGACUUUGUGGUUGAAGGCCGGUUACAGCCUAUCAGAACUAAAGGAGGGGUAUUUAGGCCCAGUUCUCAUCCUGCUCAGUGCCCUGUCGUGGUUUCCCUUGUGGUUGUCCGAGAGCACGUUCCUGUUUAUAGUUUUCUACCUGGUUUUUGACUUUGGCUUUGUUUAUUGACUUCUCUAUAUUCUGGUAUCCUAACUCCUGGCUUUCUUCAUCCCUGCGUCCCUUUCUGUGUUCCCUGACCUCGGCUAGUAUUUUUUACUAUUCUAUGUACGUUAAAUCCGGCCAAUCUAAGGACCGGUAAUACGUUACUUAUUUGUCAUCCGUGCUAUACAGUUCUACGUGCUGGAUCAAACAGUAAUCCUGACAUUACGACAUGGCCAUAGAUCCUGUAGAACUGUGUCAGCACAUAGCUACUUGCGAGAGGAAAUUAGAGGAGAAUGAUCAUCGCAUGGAUCAAUUCGCUCAGGCUUUCAGUACGCUUCUCGCUAGAACGGCGCAUCUGCAGCCUGCAGCGUCUCCUCCUAUAGCACCUCUACUCUGUGUACCUCCACCCACUGUUAAUAGGACUCCUAGUAUCUCCUUAUCGCCAUCCCUACAGUUUGAUGGCAAUAUCCAGGAAUGCAGGGGUUUUCUUAAUCAGGUGGAGUACCAUUUUGAGGCCUCACCAGGGUCGUUCCCCAUGGACAGAGCAAAAAUUGGUUAUCUAAUGAAUCAAUUAAAGGGCAAGGCCCUUGCCUGGGCUAAUCCGUUGUGGGAGAGUAAUCGGAGCAUAACUCAAAAUUACCAGGAAUUCCUUGCCGAAUUCAAGCUCACGUUUGAGCCAUCGGGUAGAGAGGAUGACGCCUCCACUGCCCUAAUGCACAUCAGACAAGGUAACCGGUCUAUCUCGGAUUAUGCUAUUGAAUUCCGUACCUUAGCUUCCGAGGUAGACUGGACUAACAAUGGGUUAAUCUCAGCAUUCAAAAAGGGUCACUAGACUGUCAGAGGCCGAAAAACAGUAUAGGAGAAGGGAGGGGUUAUGCCUAUAUUGCGGUAGAAAGGGACAUAUGAUAACUAAUUGUCCAGUGCGUCCGGAAAACUUCUGCACCUAAGAACCUUAAGGGGACAGAUCUUACGUGUGAUGGAGUUGUCCUCUAACAAAAACAAAAGUAGAUUCCUCCUUGAGGUAUCUAUUUCCCUUGAUAACAAGAAGUUUUCUUGCAGUGACUCAGGUGCUGCUGGAAAUUUUAUUGAUGUCCAGUUUAUUAGGGGUAAUGAGAUACCGGUCAGGGAGAGACCUAUGCCACUAGCUGUAGAGGCUAUUGAUGGUAGACCACACACACAACCGCUUAUAACCCACGAAACUGUCCCUAUUACGAUCUCCAUUGGGGCCUCCCAUAGGGAGGAGAUGACGUUUCAGGUUAUUACUUCUCCAUCAUGUCCUAUCAUAUUAGGGUUUCCGUGGCUGAGUAAGCACAAUCCCUAUAUUGACUGGGCUAAUGGGGAGAUAUUAGAAUGGGGUAAAGAGUGUAUGGGGAGAUGUAUAAAACCAGUACUAAAGAGAUUGGAUACUAUUGACCUUCCCACUACCACUCCCCAAACUCCUGGAGUUCCCAUACAAUACCGAGAACUUCAGGAGGUGUUUAACAAGGCUCAAUCCGAUGUAUUGCCUCCCCACAGAUCAUAUGACUGUGCCAUUAACCUGUUUCCAGGCGCUAUGCCACCUAAGGGGGCAGUUUAUGCCUUAUCUCCCCAGGAGAGUAAAAUAAUGGAGGAAUACAUCAAAGAAUCCUUGAGCAAAGGGCAUGUGACAGAACCAUCUGUCUGCUUGGAUUUUUACUACGUUCGUCUGUUUGUCCCCCGUUCGUAUGAAUGGCUGGUUUCUAUAGCCCAGCCAUUCGAAUGACUCUUUUUCCCGAACAAAACUGCCGAACGAACGGCCACCCAAGUGAGGAGCGUGCUGCAGGUUAACGAAGUGAUCCCAAUUAGAACGUUGUGGUUAACCGCAGACACUUCUCAAUUAAGCCGAAUUCAGGGUGGUCGUCGUUCGUAUGUCGACCACGAGGCAGCGGCCAUUUUAAAUCAUGCGAACGCUCAGCGGUGUUUGGCUCUAUUUCUAUGGAACUGAAAACGGACACUUUUUCUGCCGAACACCGCUGAAACAACGGAACGCCUGGCUGCCUCCAUGAAAGCAUGCGAACACCGGCCGUUCGGGAGAUUGAGAGCAUACGAAAAGACUUAACCCAGAUAGCCUUCCCAUGGAGUCAUUCGUAUACCGAAAGACUGUAAGAACUUUGACUCCAUGGCGAUUGAACUAUGUGUGUGGGAUCUGAGCGCUAUUCGCUAAUAAUAUGCACUCAGAUCCAGGCUAUCUGGGGACAUGUAAUACGAAGGGGAAAUGUUCAGUUUUCAUGUAGUUAUAUAUUUUUAUGUCUUUUAUUAUUUUAUGUCUAAAAUGGCGACUGGCUUUGUCCUGGAGUUAAUUGAGUUACUUGGUAAUUAACUCCAGGGCAGAGGGGAGGGAAUCAUAAUGCACUGUGGGUAAAAUCUGUGACUGUGUGUCUGAAAUGUCCCUCCAUCUGUCUGUAGUUUAAGUCUCCCAUUUGGUCCCCUAGGGGAGUGUCCACCAGGUGGGAGACCUGCAUAAAUACGGGCAGGUAGCCCACAGUAAAACGAGAUUCUGUUUGACCCUCAAUGCGGAGCUUCUGUCUCGUUAUUGGGGGGAUUUCUUCUUCACGUUUAGAGACUGCUGGAUGGAACGAAAGCCGCUUGGGGCAUAUUGCUGUUCGACGGUUACCAGCAGUUCGUGUAUUGCCGUUCGGGAGUUGGAGCCAUUCACGGAUCUCGUUCGGGAGAUUGCCGCUUCCCCUGCAUUUGGUUCGUGUGUUACAGAUUAAGCGAACGGAGACUGUACUGCAGCCGGGGAAGGUCUACUAAACGGCGGUUUGGCUUAAAGGCACUGGAGGUGUCUUAACAGGGCACAUAAGAAAGUCAUCCUCACCAGCUGGUGCAGGAUUCUUUUUUGUUGAGAAAAAGGGUGGUGAGUUACGCCCUUGCAUAGACUACAGGGCACUUAAUAAAAUCACUGUAAAAAAUACAUACCCUAUCCCACUCAUUUCCGAAUUGUUCGAUAGACUUCAGGGAGCUAAAGUAUUUACUAAGCUUGACCUUAGGAGCGCUUACAAUUUGGUUAGAAUUAAAGAGAAUCAUGAGUGGAAGACGGCAUUUAAUACCCGUAGUGGACACUAUGAAUAUCUGGUAAUGCCAUUUGGGUUAUGCAACGCCCCGGCCGUAUUCCAAGACUUUAUAAAUGAUGUACUCAGGGAAUUCAUUUACUCAUUUGUCUUGGUUUAUUUGGACGAUAUUUUGGUGUAUUCCCCUGAUCUUCAAACUCACCACUCCCAUGUGAAACAGGUUCUGCAGACGUUGUUGAAAAAUAAACUUUAUUGUAAAUUAGAAAAGUGCAUAUUUGACCAGCCUGAAGUCCACUUUUUGGGUUACAACAUCUCUGCAUCGGGAUUUCAAAUGGAUCCUAAAAAACUAGAGGCUGUACUACACUGGCCAUUACCCUCUGGUUUAAAAGCCAUUCAAAGGUUUAUUGGUUUUGCCAACUAUUACAGAAGAUUCAUCAAGGAAUUUUCUUCUGUAAUAGCCCCAAUCACAAAUAUGACUCGCAAAGGGCUUAGUAGCACGGUAUGGUCCAAAGAGGCUGUGAAUGCUUUUGAGACUCUUAAACAAAGAUUUGCUUCUGCGGACAUACUAAAACAUCCCGACACUAGUAAACCUUUUAUAUUGGAGGUUGAUGCAUCCGAGACAAGGGUAGGGGCUGUUCUCUCUCUCAGGGAACACCAUUGCAUCCUUGUGGCUACUUCUCCAGAAAGAUGUCUCCUGCUGAGCGCAACUACGAUAUUGGCAAUAGAGAACUGUUGGCCAUUAUUCUUGCCCUCAAGGAGUGGCGACAUCUUUUGGAGGGUUCCAAGGACCCCCUGUUGAUCAUAACCGACCACAAAAAUCUGGCAUAUAUAGGGGAUGCCAAACGUUUGUCUUCCAGACAGGCUAGAUGGUCACUGUUCCUUUCACGUUUUAACUUUCUCAUUACUUAUAGACCUGGUUCUAAAAAUACCAAGGCUGAUGCCUUGUCCAGGCAAUUUGAUAAUGAGUCAGCUCCGGAACAGGUGACAUCUCCUAUUAUUCCACCAGAGUGUAUUAUUGCUACUACUGUCCUCUCACUGUCUUCUCCACUGCUUGGCACCAUACUGGAGGCCCAGCCUCAGGCGCCCAGUGGUAAACCGUGUGAUAAACUGUUCGUUCCCCUAUGUGAAAGGGUUAAUAUCAUGAAAGUGUUCCAUGACAAUAUAACUGCUGGACACCCGGGCAUCAAUAAGUCCACUGCCGCGAUCACUAGAUCAUUUUGGUGGGAUUCACUCAGGAAAGAUGUAAAGGAGUAUGUGCAGGCAUGUUCUGUGUGUGCAGUUUCUAAGGUGACUCAUGCACUUCCUUGUGGCCUGUUGCAGCCUCUUCCUGUUCCUGAAAUUCCAUGGUCCCACUUAUCCAUGGACUUUAUUGUUGAGCUUCCUAUUUAGUCAAAUAUAUGAGUCUGAAAUAAUCUUACAUAUAAUAUUAUUUCAACCAAACUCAUUGUUUAUUUCACCAUUGAAGCAUGUCAAGAUGUAGAUCAUCUUUGUCCAGUGCUAGAAUUUUGUUUAGCAGGGGGAGAGGCAGGAGUCGCUUUUCUCUCCUAAUCUUUUUUUUUUUUUUUUCUGUUUUUACUAUUAUUAUUUUUAUUGUUUGAUUUUAGAGCAGAGUUUUGUUUUUUUUUUAACCAGAAAUAGUACAUUAACCUGUAUUUACUUUCCAAAUACAACUUAUGUUUAGAUGUUAUUACCCAGCUUAAUGGCACUCAUCUUAGCAACCUCGGCUGAGUUACAGCCCUAUCCACUGAGCUAUCUCACUACCUGCUUGAAUAAUGUUACCAUUCUUCUUAUCUCAGUGUGUCAGUGUACUUACCACUGCUGUAAGUCUUCUCUUGAAAAUCCAACUACAUACAGAAUGGAUAGACAUACACCAACUGAUGAAGCCACACCCGGCAAAACGCGUCUGGGUAUUAUUUUGGACACUAGUAGACUUUUACCCUUGUUUAUUUUAUCCAGUGUUUUACUAAAUACAUUUUUGGGGAAUUUCUUUGACCAUAUUUCCAAGACCAUCAGCAAAGGGGUUUGGAUCACCCAAAAGAGAUCCUAAGGAAAUUCGUACCAGAGCCAGGUCAAGUAUAUGGCUCUAUCUUUUUGAGUGUGUUUCAGUAACUGAUUUGCCAUAUUAUGUGUUAAGAUAUCUGCACUAUUAUGUACCUCUCUAUUUUUACAGUGAUACAGUAAGAAGAGAGGAAAGUAUAUUUAAAUUUGUCUUUACCUGCUCCACCUAUUUUGGUGUGUUAUAUAGAAUGGAUAGACUUGUUUGUAAAGAUAAUAUAUACAUUGUAUUUAUUUUUAUAUUAGCUCUGUUGUAUGGUAAUAACCUAUUGUCAGAACUCACACUCCGUCUCUUUUCCCACUUACAGUUGAUGCCAGCUUUAUAAAGGUGGUGAGCAAGUUUUGUUCGGCAGCAUGUGUUAACGGCAACCAGAACUUUACUGUACUGUCUAGUACAGAGAGCUGCUGCCAGUCCGACUUUUGUAACGACCAAUCAAUCGGCAACAACAACUUCGAUUUUGGCAGCGGCGCAAGUGGAAUGGCCAGCAACAUUUUUCUCAUCUUCACAUUCGCAUUCCUCCUCAGCGUCAUACCCACACUGAGAAUAUAAGGAACCCAUCAGUGAUUUAUUGUAAUAUCUCCCCAAAAAUCAGUAAAUUUUAAUAUGGUCCUUAGGGGGAUAUUUUCACAGAUUGUGAGACACAAUGAAGGUGCACAGGUAAAUUUAUCAUGUUUUAUAACUGGCCAACAGCACACAUUAAAAUUCUAACUAAAGAACGGAUGUGAAAAAUUCCUAACCGCAGUCCACCGUGCAUGUGUCAUCCUAUCGUCCUACAUAGAGAUUAUUCAUAGGGAUUUUCUUUCUAUACCUUUACUGCAGUCAGAUUAUUAACCAUUAGUGCACCAGUGAGACAUAUGGCCUAACACAUCUCUCACCAAUUAUAACCAAAGGCUUUGUUUGUAAAAGUUAGUAGACAUAUAGAUAAAUAAGAUAAAAUAAAUGUCCUUUACUGUUACGUCACAGGUAUGUCAGCCAAAUCAAUAUUCCAUAGUCAUUCGAAUGAGUCACUAUAAAAAAAAAAUGUUUUUUUUUAGUUUGUGAACAUUUAAAUCUUUAAAAUGUGGAAAUAAAGUGAUAAUUUAACCAUACAAUGCUUUUAUGUGCUGAAACUCAAAUUGAAAUGUGUAUCUAAUUUUUGACAAACUGUUUUAUUUUGGUUUGUACAGUUUUAAGAUAAAUCAGCUCAGUUGGUAUUCAUGGUACAUUGGAUAAAGACACGAGGGGCUCCAUGAGGGAUUUUAUAAAAUAUCCGACUUGAUCUAUAUGACAACAUUUAGCAUGUUUAACCUUGCAAUGAAUCCCUGAAGUGGCGUUAUGGUUUGUUUUUGUUUUCACAAAGUGAGCUUGUCAUUUCCUGAUCAAUGAGCCAUAACAGUCUUGUGUGCUAAAUAAAAAUAUUUGCAAUGAAAAAGGGAGUCUCUAGUUUUCUAUAUCUGUAGGAUGUAUAUCCUAUCCCUUAUGGCAUUAACUAAAGGACUUUGAAAAAUGACUUGAGUCUACAGUGACUUAAAUUGGUAUUCAUUAGAUGCCCACAUGUGUAAGUGCAUAAACUCACAAGUCUGAGAGACAACAGAUGCUCAAAUAAGUAGCAGUUUUCCUUUUGCUAGCCAGCAGAGGAGACUCUCUAAAUAGGCUAGUUAGGCAGCCUCCUAAGGCAUUGUGCUCUCAGGGACCUCGCAGCCACCUAACUCGCCUUAGAGCAAGAUUGAUCGUCGGGUCCUCGGUCCAUUAUCUAGGGUGCAACAUCAUGUCAGGGCCCAUCUAUGUAAAAUGGACAGAUUCCUUGGGUUAAUGGGGUAAAUUCAUAGGAUCUCUAAGGGAAUCGGCAGAUCUUAUGGUGACCUAGCAGGUUCGGAGAGUGGGACAGUUUUUCCAGGUGGUUUCAAUAUCCAAAUACAGAACACUCAUUGUUGCUUAGGGUACAAACAUAACACACUUUACAUUUGUUAAUCAAAUCCUGAAUGAAUUAACAAUAGUUCUACAGGAAAUCAUUUUUUUCC